AUGUCGACACCGGCAGAUGCACAUACCAAGACCAAGUGGUCGCCUCCCCUUGCCAAUCUGCGCAACACCCUCGCGCUGCCGCCGAAAUGGCUGGCCAUGUACGAUGACUUCGUCACCAAGAACGCCAGCCAGGUCUCGCAGCUGGAGUCUGCGCUGCGCUCCUUGACGUAUAUAAUACCAGGCCGUUUCCGCGACGCCGAACUCGCAACCGAAUCCAUCCACUCAUCCGUGCAGCUCCUCUCGCUCUACCAUGACCUCCUCCUCUUCCGCUCGUCCCUGUCGCCCUCCGCCUCCACAAAGGGCCCGACCACGCUGAGCAAGUCCCUCCACGCCCGCUACACCCGCUUCUGGGCCGCAAAGUCCACGCUGUACCGGCGCGUCGCCAUCGUCCUGCAGAUGGUGCAGUACACGGAGCUCCUGCUCGAGAUGUGGGCCAAGCGCCGGGGCGAGGCCGUGCGGUGGCGCGUCGUCGUGCUCAUCGAGGCCGCAAAGGCCUUCUGCCGGCUGCUCCUGCUCAGGAUCACGCGGAGCAGGCCGCUGGUCACGCCCGUGCUGCCGGAGCGGGAGAAGGUCCCCGAGCCGGGCGAGGAGGAGGAUGAGGCCGACGACGGCAAGGCGCUGGCUGAGCUCAUGGGCGAGGAGUCGUCCGAGCGUGCUGGGGAGAAUGGGCACGCGAAUGGGUCUGCGACUGGGGACAACGCACUCGUCAAGCACGACGGCACAAACGGCAACGGCGCCGCCUUGAACGGCAACGGAAACGGCAAGAUGAACGGCAACGGUACACUACACAAGCUAAACGGCCACGCCUCGACACCACCGACCGCCGCGCCCAGCCCCCAGAAGGAGUGGUCGAUGCCCCGGACAGGCCUAACCCUGCCCUCGCUGCCAGCCAAGGGCGACAUCUCGACGUACCUGCUGAGCCGCGUCCUGACGGCCGACGACAUCAAGCCCGCGACGAAGCUGCUGCACAGCCUGGCCGGGUCGGCCCACACGGCCGAGGUGCUGCACAUCCUCGCGCCCCUCGUCUACGCCAUCGCGCUCUCACGGACGGACGCGGGCCGCCGCCGCACCAGCUGGGCGCCGUGGCUGGUCGGCCUGAGCGUGCAGCUCGCGGCGCGGCAGCUGGCGGCGCGGGCGCGCGAGGGCGGCGGUGCCGGGGGCAGCGGGAACCUGAGGACCGGCACGGCGCUCGAGAAGGAGGAGUGGACGCGGAGGGGCCGCGCCAUGUGGUGGUGGCUCAUGCGGGGCGCGGCGUACGAGAACGUCGUCAAGGGCGUGGUUGGGGGUGUGAGGCGCAGGGUGCCUGGGUUUGUGGGCACGAUACUGGAGGACUACGAAUACCUGUGGGAGAAUUACUACUUCAGUACGAGUGAUUCUUGA